AUGUUUAUUUGUUAUAUUUCAGGUUUGGGGAUUAAAGCAGCUGUGGGUCAUUUAGAUUUUUAUCCUAACAAAGGACAACGUAUGCCAGAAUGUAACUCUUCAAACUGUUUGGAAGGUAAAUACAUGUGAGAAAUAUUACUGCACUAGCAAAGUGGCCUGGUUAGCGGUUCACCUGAAAGCACCCCCCUUCCCUCAUUCCACAUACAGUGGUGGGUAAUUAAAACAAUUUUACCUCAUCUUCCACCCCUGAUCUGUGCAUCAAGAGCAACGAGCCACUGCUCUGCCUGUAAACUAGAGUGCUGCAAACAGAGGAACCGAGAGACUAGAUAUCAAUAAUAAGAGAUCUGCAACAAAUAUAACAUGUAUUGAACACUUAAUGAUGUGAAUUGUAAUCCUAUCACUCUCAGUCAGAUUUCUCCUGCUGUGAAUGGUUAGAGUUAUAGCCAGUGGUAGCCACUGAAUUAAAUGUCCCUUUCCCAUAGUUUCUAUGUCCGUAAAAUCCCACGUCUAUCCACAAAUGUAUCUCCUACCUAGCACAUUAUGGAUGGUCACUGAAUAGGGAGAGUACCAUUUAUUAAUUUACAUCAUUGGGCCACAAAUGUUUUAAAACUACAACUUCUAUGAUGCUUUGUCAUUCGUAAGGCAUUCUAGAGACAUGCCAAGGAUCAUGGGAGUUGUAAUUCUACAACAUCUGGGGAUCUACCUAUUUGGCACCCCUGAUUCACAUCAGUCUUUGGGUGCAUAUAUGUUGGGGUCAUGGCUUUAUGCUAAAGAAUUGUUUUUUAUUUUUAAUUUACAGAUUUGUGUCUCCUGAGUCCCGUAACUGGUCCGUUAAAUUGCUCCCAAGGUGCUGAACAGGCCCCACUGCCAUGUCCAGAGUCAACUAAGAACACUAACUUUACUUUACAGGAGUUUAGAGGUAAACACAAUAAUAUUAACAAAUCAAAAAGUAAAAAACGAUUGCAGAUGUCAUGUCAUAGUGAUCAUUUAAUUUGUUGAUAUUACUGGUUAUAAUCAUCUUCUUUUAUUUAUAAAAUAGAAAUUAUAAAUUAUAAACGAAAUAAGGGAUAUACCUCGCUGAUAGUUCUAUACAAAGAGCUAACAUGGUGUUUGCCACCUAAAGGAAUAUUCCAUAUUAUCAAAUCCUAAAAACACAUCUAUUUUGUGUUACGGUGGGCUCCAUCCACAACAAAUGUGCAAAUGAUCUUUCCAUUGAACUGACUCAGUUCUUUGUACAUUUUGCGCAGACAUAAUAUGACAUAUGUGACUGUAUUAGAUAAAGAGAAAUGUCUGGUGGAAUUAAUGUAACUGAUGCCAGAGCUGAUAGCAGUUACACAUUGAGCUUGCUUGCAGCUCCAUUCAUAGGUUUUGCAUGGAGCUCUUGGUCAUGAUUCAGGCUCCUUCAAAUUAGGUUGUGAAGAAGUCGGUUAGUGUAAGUUAGGAAUAUAAAGUGUGUUUCCAAGGUAGCCAAUGCCGUACAAGUCAAUUACCGACAUACAAAGCUUUUUGUGACUCCGGCCUCUAAUCACUGACUAUUGUUACCAAUUUACCAACUUUCUCUCUUGUAAGUGUAACUGGGUUGUUUUAGUCUUUUUUAAAUCUUGGUAACUAUGCGAUGGGUAACCAUUAAACAUGUGUUCUAGUACAAAGCAUUCACAUGCUGCUGGGGGUAAAUCGAUCAAGGCUGUUUUGGGAAUUUUAGAACAGAACACUUUAAUAACUCUCUCCCACUGAGUCCCUCCAUCAGCACAUAGAAUUGAUGUUGAUUUAGGAAAAGGUGGUAAGUGUUGUGCCUAAGGUAGAACACCGAAAGUUGCCCUUCACAGCUGACGGUUUUCAGACAUUUAAUGCAUAUCUCAGUUUGGUACUAAAAGCUAAAUCAGAUCAACCAGGUUAUUGUCUACUAAUUUGUAUGAGUAGUUUCAUUCAUUGUUUUCUCAACGUAUUUGUGACUAGGUGUGUUUUGCCUCUGAUAGAGUCAAUGAAUGGAUCUCCUUCACGUAGUACCGAUGGGAGAGAUAAUAAUGUAUUCUUUCUUUAGAAGUCUUACUACAUUCUCUUGUAAGUGGGAGAUGAGAAAGAAAGUGGUAAUGUUUGUUUGUUUUUUGUGAAAUGUGUCUUUUAAGACAUUUUCUUUUUUGCACAUUUUUACUAUAUAUAAUUUUCUCAACAGUUUAUGCAAAGCGUGCCUUCUGUGACCAUUACCAGGCCAUACAAUACUUCAUAGACAGCAUCACUGACAGGAAUAAAUUUCAGAGUUACCCCUGCGAGAGUGAAGCGAAAGCACAAGCAGUAAGUUGAUUUAUUAGCAGUUGAUUAAAUUGAAAAAUCCGCAGAUUUUUUUUUUUCUUGUAAAUUUCCUAUCCACAGUUUUUAGAAUUGUUAGAAAAUACAUUCACUGUCUCUGCAUAUACGUUAUUUAAGUCUCUUUCUGCCGGCCCUGCGUACACACAGCGUUAUUUACUUAAAUGAGAAUUGCUGAGAACUCAAAGUGAAUUUAAAUUAGAGGCCACAGCAGACAAAAUGGAAGCACAGCCGACUUGGAGAUUGGUUAUUUCGCCCUAAAUGUGUAAUUCACUGUAAAUUCAUGACAAUUCUCAAUUUAUUGAAUAACCCCUAUUAGCAUUGUGUUAAGACCUACAGUGGUUAUGGUGCUGCGGUCUUCUGUUCCCUUCCCCCAACAGCAGAGCAUAAGUGAUUAUAGCUGCAGCAGGGGUUAGAGGAAUAAGGUAGAUGAUAUGCAGUUCCAAGGUGGUUCUUCCCAGCAAAUAGAAUAUCCCCCAAACAUGAGCCUAGACUUCAUGAAGGGUGAAUUUUAUAACAGGGAUGAAUUUUAUUGAAAACACACGGGCUUUUAUGAGAAAUCCUCCUGCAAGGGUGAAUUUUAUAACAGGGAUGAAUUUUAUUGAAAACACACAGGCUUUUAUGAGAAAUCCUCCUGCAAGAGGACCUCCCACAGCAAACAAAGACGACAGCCAAUCAGAUUUACAGUAAUACACGCCUUCUCUUUGCCUGGGAGAUAUUGAGAUAAGUUAAGGAAUAAACCAAUUAUCUCCAGGCAGAGAGCACACAAUUUCCUCAAAACUCAGAACACCCCUUUUCCCACAAAUUACCCCCCGAUCUGGGGGACAAACAUAUCCAAAUUUCACCCAGAUCGGUUCAGGGGUUCUGAAAAAAAGGGUGGAGGGUCCCUUUUACCGACCACACACGCGGCUCCUGCCCAAAACCGUUCCAUGAAUUUAGCGUGUGCGGUCGGUCAAUUCACAAAUAGAUAAAAACCGAACAAAGGUCCUGAAUGGAUCCCCCUGGCUCAUAGUAGCGAUUGCUCCCCUUGUCCGUUCGCACAGAACUACCGAACGGCGCUUCCCUUGCUGUUCGGGAAAUACAAGAAGCUGGAGUUCGGUAGUUUCAGCGGUGGUUCACGAGGUCGAGUGUCCGAUUUUAGUUCCAGACACUCGACGACCAAGUCCCGCUGACUCCCCUCGUGCGAACGAGAUGGCCGCCGUUUUCUAUUCCAUGUGGCGUUCGGCUGUACGAACAGCGGCCGCCCAGGGAGCACUUAAUAGCUGGUUCCUUUGUAGUUAAUGAGCCAGGAGGGUGGUCAGCGUUCGGUAGUUUCAAACUACUGAACCAAUACAUUCAAUAUACAGGUAGUAAAACAGGAAAGUACCGAACAAAGAAGAAAAUGUCAAUUAAAAGUCCAUUUUCUUCACACAUUGGUUUUGCAUUUUCUUUCAAUACAAUAAAACACAAAAUUGAAUGUUUAUGUAUCUUCCCCUGCUUUCUAGUGUUGGUCCUCAUGUGGUAAGUCAUUUUUCUUCUGAUGUUUUGGUCAAUACUGUACUUUACAAAAAAAGAUAAAACAGGUUGCGCUUGUAUGGGUAAAAGUAAACAAUAAUAUCUAGUGUAUAUAAAGACUGCUUAAUAGAUGGUAUAUAUUUACAAUUGGUUGGUAAAUAAAACAGUAGUCUCAAAAUAAAGUCUUUGCAGUGUCAAAGAAAUCUUGAAAGAGAUGUUUGGAAGAGCAAUCUGAUAUCCUCACAGAUUCAGUUGUGUCGGGAUAUGUGAAGACAAUAAAUACAUAGUGAAAACCAAUAGUGUAAUACUGUAUAACGAAAAGUGAAAUUAAAAAAUGAUAGUAAAUAAUCGUUCAAGGAAGGAGCAAUCUUUUCGCUCUCUUCUAAAGGUUUGUGGCAAUAUAAUCCUUGGCAAGGAUAUAGAGUUGAUAGCAGUCAAAUCCUUUCUGAAGGAAAGAAAAAGUUGGUGUCAGGUUUUGUUGUGGAAAUCGACAAAUAUAAAUAGACAAGCGCAGCAGAGCAGAGAAUCCCUCAAAUCUAUUUUUGGGGAACGUUUCCCGAACAUAGAUUAGAUGGAUUCCCUGCUCUGGUAUGUUUUUCUAUGUUCAGGAAAUUUCCCCGAACAUAGAUUGGAGGGAUUCCCUGUUCUGGCACGCUUGGGUAUGUUUGGGGAAAUUUCCCCAAAAAUAGACAUACGCACCAGAGCAGUUAAUCCCUCUAUCCUAUGUUCGGAGAAAUUUCCCUGAACAUAGACCAGCUCUUUAACGUGGGGAAUCCUUUGCAUCCCCACGCAAGUGAGCCGGUCGUAAGUGAAAGCCAUCGCAAAUAAGGUAGGUCCCAAAGUGAGGGCCACUGUAUAUAAAAACACACAGCACCAAUAGUGUAAAUCAGUAUAAGCACCUAAUUAAAUUAUAUAGAAAUGGAAAUGCACUCACAUAACAAGAGCUUCCAAUCAGCUCUUAGAAAUGACUUAGAGCAGUCCAAUUUCUGCUCACGGAGAUAUCUGUGGUCAAUUCUAUUGGGUUUUUAUCAGUAUAGUAGACAUAUAGUGUGGAGAAAUUUAAGGGAAAUAUAGUGCUCUCUGUUUCUGAUAAUAACCACUUUCCGCAAAUGAAAAAUAAAUGUACUUACAUUUGUUAGAGCAAUGCAUGCUCUGUGAAACCAGCGUAAGUGGUAUAACGCCUAGCAAGGAUAUAAGAACAAGUGCAGCAUUGCCUGUAGAAAUAUUCUGGAUUGGAAAGAUAUCAUGAUGUAUGUAGGACAAAAAUAAAAAUGAGUUUGGAUGGUAUCAACUACUUUUAUUGUAAUUUACUUAACAAAUAAAUAAAUUAAAGGCAGAUAAAAAGCUCUGGUAUAAAAUCAAAACCCAUUUCACCAACAGGCUUCUGCAAGUGAUGAUCACUUUUCCAGUGUUUCAAUAUGUUAAUUAUAAGCCACAUCUGGACCAAUAACAUCUGGGUGAACUUGCUCUCAGUAUAUACAUGUAGCUGUUGUUAUUGAGAGGAAUACGUAGAGAACGGACAUGUUCCACUCGAGCACAGCUUACCCGUCCUUGUACGCCACUUGGGAUUGUCAAACUUCUCACCCAACUUCUUUUACCCAAAAAAGAUUGUAAGCGUAUAAAUAUGAAUAGCUUCCAUUAAGACAUGUUACAUCAAAUAUUUUUCUAGUUGUUCUGUAAACUUUUACCUUUAUUGUGUUUAUACAGGGAGAAUGUGCCACUGAGGGUCCCAGUGAUGGAAAUCCAACGAUGGGCUUCUAUUCCACAGACUACACAAACUUAACCCAAUCAAGUCAGGUGUUUGUACUGAACACCUGA